ACAGGACCUGCUCUCCUACUAUGCCCAUUGUAACGGCACAUGAGCUGCCCGUAACAGUGAAUUUCCACGAGUGUGGACGCUUGAGGCUACGACAAUCACGUCCUGGGAUUGUUUGUCAUCACCAUCAACUGGACGACGCGGCCACACCUCUAGCCACACAGAUAAUCAACAAAAAAAGCCUUGACAGCACUGGUAAUGGGUACAGUGAACGCAAAGAGCUCAGAGGCGUGAACGCAGGGAAGCCUCAUGUCACUAAACCAAUAAGCACAGCAGUAAACACAAAAUAGGAACUUGAGAACUAUGAAUCUCGCGAAGAGCCUUUUAAUCCUCAACUGAUUACCACACCGAGUCAUCAGCGAGCGUCGCUAUUAAAGCAUUUAAUACUGUUCCCAAAAGCGUUGGUUUCUAAAUUUCUCUUCCAAUCGUGAAGUACAAACCGUGAACGUAGGAUCUGGGCAUAAGCACUGAGAAUGUCUUGACAGUGAAUGCAUUGCUGAAGUGACGUUUAGCGGCUGCUGCAAAGCCUCGCAUCAAUGGAUGACCUCACUGAAACAGCGGAUGCAGCGUCGGGAGGAGCCAGCACAGCGACGAAGGCUGGACGCAGGAGCGUGUUAGGGAAGCUGAGCUUGUUGAUGUGGAAAAACUUGUUACUAAGGAGGAGACACUGGCUGCUGACGGCGUUCGAGGUCCUGCUGCCCACCCUGCUCUUCACCCUCCUGGUCACCAUCAGGAUACUCCCCAACAGCGCCUUCCUCCCCAAGUACAUCAACGAGACGUCAACAUUUGCCGUAGCCUCUGAAGAGGAUCUGAGGAGAAUAUUGUGUUGGAAAUACGGCUAUUGGAGUCCCUUCUUUAUGACCUGCCAAGCAGGUAACACCAUCUUCCCCGGACAGACCAGGAUCUUCUACGGACCGCCUGGCAACUUCACCGAGGCCGCCGCCAAGCACAUCGCCUUUCAACUCCGUCUACCCGACAGUGUGCUCAGCCCCGUCUCCUCCAACGACCAGAUGGACGACCUGGUCGACAAGGCUUACUUCGAGACCAACAACUCCUACGCCACCUUCUAUGUAGGGCUCUUCUUCUACGACCUGGACGACCCGGGUCCCCCUGAGAGCCUCAGGUACGACCUGAGACUGGCCAAGUACUGGCUCACCUCUCAGCUCUACCCGUACCUGCAGGUCCCUGGCCCUAGGAACUACAGCAUAUUCGACUUCGGAAACUACAACAUGGACGGGUUUACCUUGAUCCAGAGCCUCGUGGACCGUUACUACAUCGCCAGCCUGACUAACGACUCCUCCUACAUGACUGGUAGUUACAAGCUGGAGGUGCAGAUGUACCCAUACCCACCGUUCCUACAAGACUACGGCAUGAGCCAGUUCUACGGCUCGGCGCUGCCCACCUUCGUCGUGUUGUCGUUGGUGCUGCUCUCACCCUCCCUUAUCAAGAGCGUCGUCUACGAAAAGGAAACGGGCGUCAGGGAGCUGGUGCGUCUGAUGGGUCUAGACGGAUGGCUGGUGUGGCUUGGAUGGUUCCUUCACUCCUUCCUUAUGAUCCUGGUCGUCGCCUCCAUCAUGACCCUGCUCCUCAAGCUGAAGCUGAAGCCCCUGGACGACGGCAGUGGGUUCCUGCCGCCCAUUCUGGCCUACAGCGACCCCUUCUUCAUCUGGGUCCUGCUGGUGCUCUACGGCGUCUCCUCCAUUGCCUUCUGCUUCGUCGUUGCUACCUUCUUCAGCAAACCGACUCUGGCCACCACUCUGGGCAUCCUGCUGUGGCUGACCUCCUUCUUCAUCCCUCGGAGCAUCAUGGAGUACGACUACAACACCCUCGGACUCGCUCCCAAGAUUUUCUCCUGCCUACUGCCUAAUAUAGCCAUUACCUGGGCCUUCAGGGUCAUUGCUAUGUUCGAGGGAAGAGCUAUUGGCGUUCAGUGGAGCAACGUGUGGGAGACCGGCAACCCUAGAGACCAGCUGAGUCCGGCCAUGAUCCUGCUGAUGCUGCUCCUCGACACCUGCCUCUUCCUGCUGGUGACCUGGUACGUCGACCAGGUCAGCCCGGGGCUCUACGGGGUACCACGACCCUUCUACUUCCCGCUCCAGAAGACGUACUGGUGCAGCUCGCCUCCAGUACACCAGCAGGCGGCAGAGGAUGAGGCCGCUAGAGAAGACCAGGAGUACUUCGAGAAGGAGCCUUUGGGACUUCGACCUGGAAUCGUCAUCAAGAACCUCAGGAAGGAGUUCAAGUCGCUGGGAAGGAAGGUGAAGGUGGCGGUCGAGGACGUGUCGAUGACGUGUUACGAGGGCCAGUGUACCGUCCUCUUGGGCCACAACGGUGCCGGCAAGACCACCACCAUGUCUAUCCUCACAGGUGUGCACGCCCCCAGUGGUGGGAGCGCCCUGGUCGGUGGCUGGGACAUCGCUACCAACCUGAAGGAGGCGAGGGAGGAGGUGGGUCUGUGUCCCCAGCACAACAUGCUCUUCGUCGACCUCACCGUCAUGCAGCACCUUCUCUUCUUCGGUAGGCUGAAGGGAAUGACGGUGAAGAGAGCGCGGGAGGAGGCGGCGGCGCUGAUGGAGCGGCUGGAGCUGGUAGAGAAGAAGAACAUGUACGGUAACCAGCUCUCUGGAGGCAUGAAGAGGAAGCUGUGCCUGGCCAUCGCUCUUAUGGGAGACUCCAAGGUGGUGAUCCUGGACGAGCCGAGCAGCGGGCUGGACCCCGAGUCACGCCGGUGGGUGUGGGACGUGGUGCAGGGGGAGCGGGGCCGGCGCACCAUCCUCGUCACCACCCACCACAUGGAGGAGGCCGACGUCCUGGGAGACCGCGUCGCCAUCAUGGCCUCCGGCAGGGUCGUCUGUGCUGGCUCCACACUCUUCCUCAAGAAUAAGUUUGGCGACGGCUACACCCUGACGGUGAUGCUGUCCGAGGGAAGCAAAUUGGGGGAAAUAAGGAGAGAGGUCUCCCAGCACCUCCCCGAAGCUGCCCUUCGUUCAGCCCAGCGCGGCGAAGUCACCUUCAAGCUCCCGCCCACUACUUCACUCUUCGCCCCGCUGCUCGAUGCCCUGGCCAGCCGCAAGGAGGACCUCGGGGUACAGCAUCUGGGCCUCACCCUCACCAGCAUGGAGCAGGUCUUCCUCAGAGUUGGUGAUUUGAUGGAAAGAUACGAGGCGCUCGAUGGAGAGGCGAGCUACUCCACCAAUGGGCAUCUGAAUGGCAACGACAAUAUCGGUUUUAACCUGAGUGCCGCCAGUCUGCUGGGCGACCCGAGCGACCUGACUGGCGGGACCUCGAGGGACGGAGGCGAUGCGUACAGCAGUCAACGCUUCCUCUUCGACAGUCAGAAGAACAUAGAGGCACUGCUCUCAGGAGCCAGGUUACAGAGGCAGAGGUUCAAAGCGUUCUUCGCUAAGCGAGCCAUCUACAGCAGGAGGAAGUGGGUGCUCUUCGUGACCCAGGGUCUCCUGCCCGUGGUAGUGACCGUCUUGUGUCUACUCGUGGACGCCUCCUUCACCGAAGACACCCUCAGAGAACCUCCUCUCGUCCUGAGCCCCACCAUGUACCCGUACUCGAUCUCCUACGUCCUCGCCUCCUCCAGGCACCAGGGCCUCUCUGACGCUUAUCAGUCGCUCUUCCACAACCCUUACGAGGUGUAUACCACAGACAACAUGACUCAGUCUCUUCUCCACGAAGCUGAAGAGAAUCUCUUCCGAUAUCGGGAGAACAACGUGUGUUCUGCAGAGUUCCUGGACGUGGGAACAUCAACAGCGCUGCGGGUGCUGUACCAGUCAGUGCCCUACCACACACCAGGUGUCAGCGCCUCCCUCGUCACCAACGCGCUCCUCAGGUUCGCAACCAACUCCACCCGACACUCCAUCACCACCUCCAAUCGUCCCUUACCUCCAAACAGAACGUGGAAGAUGAAGAGCAGCAACGCGCCCGGGAGCGCCCUGGUGUAUGCUAUGGUGAUGCCUCUCGCCCUGGCCUUCCUCUCCGCCUCCUUCUUGGUCUUCCCCCUCCAGGAGCGGGAGACCAAAGCCAAGCAGGUGCAGGUGAUGACAGGGGCGUCAGUGGGCGUCCUCUGGGUCACCACCUUCCUCUGGGACUAUCUGACCUACUUCAUCUCAGCAGCCGUCGUCUUCAUCGUCUUCAUGACCUUUGACACGAAGCAUUACUUCACCACCGACAGUGCUCCAGGUGCGUUGAUUGUGAUGCUGGUGAUGUACGGCUGGGCCAGCAUCCCUAUGGCUUAUGUCUUCAGCUUCCCCUUCCAGACUGCUGCCUCAGGCUUCGCUGUCCUCGCUCUCGUCAACAUUGUUGCUGGCAUGAUCAUCACGACAGCUGUGUGGGCGCUCAACCUGUCGGCGCAGCCCUCGCUUCUCAUCCUCAGUGAUGCUCUUAACUGGGCCGUUUCUCUCAUCCCAACCUUCCCAGCAUCCAUGGGGUUUAUGCACCUGGUGAACACAAGUGCCUACAACUCUCAGUGUGAUCUCUUCAACGCCACAGUGAAGGAUGAACUGUGUUCCAGUCUGGUUCAGUACCUCCCCACGAACGCCUUCGUGAAGUGCUGCCCACACUGUGAGGAGGUCGGCUACAGGACGUGCUUCGAGAAGAGGUCGUACUUCGUGCUGGACCAGCACGGCAUGGCGCCCGACCUGCUGACUCUCCUGGUCAAUGGGUUCAUCUUCCUGGUACUCCUGGUCGUCAUCGAGAUGGACUCCGGCAGGAUGUUUUCGUGGAUGCUGAAGGUGGUUCCGUCCGUCUCCAGGUGGGUGCUGCAGGAUCAGGACAGCGACGAUCAGGAUCAGGACAGCGACGUUGCUGCCGAAGCUGUGCUGGUCGAGGCUAUUAUGAAGCGGCGCAAGGCAGCAGCCGAUCAGAAUUUGGUCGACAACGCCACACUGUUGGUGAGUGGCCUGUCGAAGCGGUUCCUGGCCUCCAGCCGUCCAGCCGUUGGCGGCAUCACCUUCAGGGUGGCGAGGGGGGAGUGUCUGGGCCUGCUGGGGGUCAACGGGGCAGGCAAGACCACCACCUUCAGGAUGCUGACCGGGGACGAGAAGCCGUCCGGAGGAGACGCCAUGAUUGGUAACAUUUCGCUUCAGGGUAACACGCAAACGUUUGUGCAGCAGAUAGGAUACUGCCCUCAGUUUGAUGCUGUCUUGGGGGAGCUCACCGGAAUAGAAAUGCUGACGCUCGUUGGUAGACUACGAGGAGUCAGCGAAGGUCGCAUGAAACACACCGUUCAAUCUCUGGUAUCUCUUGUGGGCCUGACGGAGUGCGCCAAGCGGCCCUCCUCCACAUAUUCCGGCGGUAACCGUAGGAAGCUGUCGACAGCCAUGGCGCUCGUAGGGUCGCCUCCGCUGGUGUUCUUGGACGAACCCACCUCGGGAGUGGACCCAGCCUCGCGCCGGAAGGUGUGGACGGCCGUCAGGCAAGCCGUCAACAAUGGCCAGAGCGUGGUCCUCACCAGCCACUCCAUGGAAGAGUGCGAGGCUCUCUGCAGCCGCAUAGUCAUCAUGUCUCGAGGGACUCUGCGUUGUGUGGGAACGAGCGGACACCUGAAGGCCAAGUUCGGCCAGGGAUACAGUCUGCAGGUGAAGCUGAGGACGUAUUCCCAAAGCGAACUGAGGCAGGUUGAUGGCGAGGCUGUAUAUGAAAGCAAGGUGGCAGAACUGAAGGACAUCAUCAGGUACCAUCUACCUGGAGCCAAUCUUACUGAUCAUCACAAGACAAUGUUGGCCUUCAGAGUUCCAAGCAACAUUUCAUGGGGCCAGAUCUUCAAGGUGAUGGAGGCGCUGAAGACGGGGCGCGACCCUAGCGUCUCGGGAAGCCUGACUCCUGCUGCUGCUGCUUCAGCGUCCACGUCCCUGGUGGAGGAUUAUGCCGCCUCGGACACCUCCCUGGAGCAGGUCUUCCUCUCCUUCGCCAGAGAGGCGGCGCAGAUGACCCCGGAGUUUAAAAUCCCCACCGAGCUCAUAACCAGGUUCUGAGGCCCGGCCGUGCCUCUCCUCUCAUAAUUAUCGCUUUAAUAUUUGGUGGGUAUUAAUUCACAUUAUUUAACAUAAUCACAGCACCUACCCGUAGUGCUAAUCCAUUAUUUUUUUUUACGGAAUGAAUUGGCAGUUAAUAUUCUCACCAGCGCAGCCAAGUAGGAGUCAACGCGGCGUUGGGGAACUACAAUUUCUAGUCACUGAAUUACGUUAGAGUUGCUCAGGUGAUUUAUACAUUUAUAAGCAAAUUAGCAUUGAUAAGUUGGAUUUUAGAUCGUGUUUCGCUAAUGGAGUUAUUUCUCUCACCGGUAUUGCUUAUGCCAGUGGUUUCUAAGAUUGUUUCUCGUUCCCCCUUUUUAACCAUGGUCUUACCUGUGGACCCCAGAAACAACGUACUCACCUAUGGACCCCAGAAACAACGUUCUCACCUGUGGACCCCAGAAACAACGUUCUCACCUGUGGACCCCCAGUAACGGGGGUUGCCAACUUGGUCACGUUACCUAAACACACCACAGGAGCUGAAAGGGAAGAAAGCAGUAAACGAAUUCCCCAGUUGACAGGAUUGACCUUACAAAAAAAAUAGUUGCUGUGACAACUGACGGUGCAGCACCCAGCAUGAUCGGUACAGAAGUAGGCUUUGUAAAUGUGUUUGAUAAAUAUGUUGGGCAUCCACUGGUAGGCUUUCAUUGUAAUUUACACACGGGGCCCCUUGUGUGCCAAAGCUGGCCUUGAGGAACUUGAAGUGAUAAACUGUAACAAAGAUAAUUAAUUAUAUUUAUGCGCAUUCUUUGAUAAAUAGAAAGGAAAAAAAAUCCAGAAUUAACUGAGCGAGGUGAAUUCGGCGUACACAGGACUACUUGUGUACAAUAAUGCUUGUUACUUUAGUAGUGUUUCCGUCCUUAAAUGAUUUGUUGAGUGAGUGAAAAUUGCCCAUUUUAUGACGAAUGAAAAUGUUCUUCUCAGGAGUUAUGUGAUGUUGUGUGGAUUUGUUGAAUGAUACUUUUUCACAGAUUUCUCACAUUUAAAUGACUUCAACAUCAAAUUACAAGCCUCUGGCAAAACCUUGUUAUGGUUGAUGACGUAAAAGCCUUUGAAACCAAUCGGAAAACUUUUAAACGUUAUAUCAACAAUGACAUUUUUAAAUGUUUCUCAAGCCUAAAAAAAAAGUGACAGAUCUUGAAAUUCAUGAAAAUAUAGAUAUUCAGAGCCCAUAAAUGCAAUUUUUGAGCAUCGUCGAUUCAACUGUUGAUAAAUUUUCCUGAAGAUUUCCUAAAUUCAGGUUAUUUGAAGAAACUGCAAACGUCAUAAGAGUGCUAGACAGUGCAACAUUAAACAAUCUAAAUUUGAAAAUGUUGCAGUAGAUUCAUUUGGAUUAUAUUGAGAUGCAAUUCAUUUACACAGCGGUUCAAUUUUAAGGCAAACAAAUGUAUCGAUUUAAGAGCUGAACUAGAACAUGUUGAAAGAGAUCGGUUAAUGACUGAAUUACCGCAGACAUUAGUAAAAAUAAUGUUUUGAAACUUUAGAAUUCCAUUCCAGAAACUUUAAUGUUUCAAACAUCUCGUAAUGGUUGUUUCAACAGUAUUUUCGUUGAAAUAUGCGAUUCAUCAUUUUUAUUGAGGAACUUUCUCAAGAUUAUAGGAGUAGACUUGCUGAUGAAACUAUUGCUACUUUACUGGCUCUAGUAAAGCGAAAAACUCUUUAGUAAAACACUUAGUAAAGAGCAAAACUCAAAGCAAUAAAACAAUCGUAGCUCAAAACAAUCAAAUACGAGCAUAUGAAAUAUAUCAUCACUUGUGCACCUGCAAAAGUCUCAUUGAAAGUAAAAAAAAAAAAAAAAUCAUAAUAUGAACGAAAGUUUAUAAUUUAACAUUUACAUUUCUCAUUGCUACUUAUAAGGUCAAAUAUUAUUGUAAAUUGUUAUUUUUCAAUUGCCUUUGUUAAAAAAGUGAAUAUUAAUAAUAUUUUUACUGCCUUC